AUUGCAUGGUGUGAUUAUUUGUAUACGGUCACACUGCUGCUCACACAUACUAGAUAAUACUGGAGACAACAGAAGUUUGGUUUUAUUAAAUAGGAGAGAAUGUCUCGAAUUUAAACAAAACUAGAUAGCUUAAUGUGAUCAUAUGCAAUGGAUAUGUUUCUCCACAAUAGUUAAAACUUAAUCCAGCAGCCACGGGGCAGCCGAAGCAGCAGGAUCUGAAGCAACAAAAGCAACAGCAGCAACACCACAAAGAAAGGAAAACAUCCACACACACACACAUAUCCACCGACUCUUGCAUGUACACACACACCCACACAGCGCGGAAGAGCAAAGGAAAAACAAACACAAGCACAUAGAACAGAGCUUUUCCAGAAAUUGGGUCGCGUUUUUGUGUUGUUGUUUUUGGCAAAUGUUAUGGCAACUCUCGAUGCGUGUAUAUGUGUUGUUUGAGCGUUGCCCCGCCGGAGCAAAGAGCGCACAGUAGGAGCGACCCCAGGAGCAGAGCAAACCCCAGCCAUUCCACCAAAAGGAGACCACCCAGUAGACCUUAGCCGCAGCCACAGCCUCACAGUCGAUCCAUCCAGCCACGUCCAGCCAUGAGUGUCGUGGGCAAGCAAUUGAAUCCAGUGCAAUCUUCCUCCGCCAGCACCGCCUCUGCUUCUGCGUCUGCCAGCACUGCUGCGGCGGCCGCCUCCGUCUCCGCCCCGGGCAGCGGUGAUGGCAACGGCAGCAGCGGGGGGCCGAUGGGAGCUGGAGCUGCUGCUAAUGCUGGCGGAGUCGGUGCCGAGGGCAAGCGCAAGGAGGAGUCCAACGUCAGUCCCGAAGAGGUGCUGCACCUCACCAAGAUCACGGACGACUACCUCUGCUCGGCCAAUGCCAAUGUGUUCGAAAUAGACUUUACACGCUUCAAAAUCCGCGAUCUGGAGAGCGGUGCCGUGCUCUUUGAGAUCGCCAAGCCACCCAGCGAGCAAUUUCCGGACGGUCUGUCCGUGGAGGAGACAAUGCUGGCCGCCGCCGAGGAGCUAUCGCUUGACGACACUGCCGACCCCAAUGCCGGACGCUAUGUACGCUAUCAGUUUACUCCGGCAUUUCUCAACCUAAAAACUGUGGGCGCCACGGUGGAGUUCACUGUGGGCAGUCAGCCAGUGAACAAUUUUCGAAUGAUAGAGCGCCACUUCUUCCGUGAUCGCCUGCUGAAAACCUUUGACUUUGAGUUUGGCUACUGCAUUCCGUAUUCGAAGAACACUUGCGAGCACAUCUACGAGUUUCCUAAUCUUCCACCCGACCUAGUUGCUGAAAUGAUAUCGAGCCCCUUUGAGACGCGCUCGGACAGCUUUUACUUUGUGGAGAAUCGUCUUGUCAUGCACAACAAGGCCGACUACGCCUACGAUGGCGGCAUUAUCGUCUAAACAAACUACAAACCAAAAGCCACAAGCAAAACAAAAGCACAAAAUACAAAAAAAAUGAACAAAGAGAGAGAACUAGAGCAAAACUAAUAACUAAACAAACAAAGCAAAAUGAAGAA